AACUAGGUUGAAAGGGGUAUUAAUUUUGCAAGCGUUUCAAAGGCUCUUUGGUCCUUUCAUCCCAAGCCCAGCCACAGACCCAGCCGCGCGAACUUCGCACCGUGCGCCUCUGUUAGCACGUCUGAGACUGUGGAGCUGCUAUCGUGCGCACAUCGAAUCUAAACACCCCCAUCUCAGACUGUGAAACUGUUUGGAUUGAAUUAAUCAGGGGCCUCCACUUACAAGAAGGCAAUUAGGAAUUGAAUUGAAAUAAUCAGAGGCCUCCGUUUGACGCAGUACAGACGGAGACGGACAAAAUCUCCGACCACCUCUGCAACAAAAGGUAUGCCAAUCUUGACCUUCAAAAUUCGAGCUUGUUUCCUCCUGAAUGCUUGCCGAUCUUGUUUAUCAAUCCAUUUUUUAGCUUCGAUGUGUUUGGGGACUUUGGGGUUCUGCAAAAGAUCUUUGAAUCUGUUUUUCCUUUUUGUGGAAUUGGGUUUGCUACUUUGGCUCAUAAACUGAUGUGGUUUAAUUGCAUAUUUAUGCCUUUUCGGUAUGAUGUGUUUACAAACAAAUUUAUAUUUCAGAUUUGGUAUUCUAUCGUAAAAUAAUAAUUCAGGCAAUGUAUUGUGGAUUUAAUCUUUUAAUUAUGUACUUAUGGUAAUUAUACCAUGUUAAGAGUUAGUAUAAUCCAAGUAUUUUCUCAUAUCUUGGCUUUUGUUUGUGUUGCAGUUAAGAAUCUUGAGGUUUCUGAUGUAUGAUGGUGAACGCUGUUAAAGGACUGUUCAUCUCUUGUGACAUACCUAUGGCGCAAUUCAUCAUCAAUUACGACAAUUCACUGCCAGCUUCGCAGAGGUUCAUAAUACAUGUCUUGGAUAGCACUCACCUUUUUGUGCAGCCCCAUGCUGCCGAGAUGAUAAGAAGCGCCAUUGCAGAAUUUAGAGACCAGAAUUCGUAUGAGAAGCCUACUUGAAUAAUUUGGAGACCAAAUGUUUGAAUCAUGUCAUGGCUUACAAGCUUUACUCCAGCACUUUGUCGACCGAAGCUCUUAGUUAAUAGGAAUCCCAGCUCCCUCUAAGAGAAAUUAUAUUACCUCGGAAGACAUGGAAGUUUGAGUGAUACCAUGCACCGUAUUAAAUGUAGUGAACCGUGUUUCGAUUGCGAUAAUAAAAUUUUGGUCGAUCCUCUGUUUGCUGAUCUUUAGCA